AUGGACUUCCUCUCUAUCCCCAAGAAUUGUGAGCGUCAGACCAUCGAGAUUCCAUGCCUAUCUACGCAAGACUAUGACGACGGGGACUUCGAUGGAUAUCCUGAUCGUGCAGGGUGGGGAAAAAGAUCAUCGCAUGAAUGGCACAGCAUCUUCAAAAACCCAUCUACAAAUUUCUUAGCCUUUCUACAGACAUGGCUUUUAUUCGGGCCUCUGGCUCUCACAUUUCGCACGCAUAUCUCCCUAGGCGCCUUCACGAAGAAUGGCCUGUCCGGUCAAUUAGCGAUUGAUACAAGUAGACUGACGGAUUGGGUCUCACGGAAACCGACUUUCCGGCCCCAAACUGCUGAAGAAGGUAGAAGAGCUCGCGAUGCGAUCGUUAAAGCAGCCCGUUUGCAUUCGGACCUGCACGUGGUGCACACCAUUUCUGACUACCCAGAGAGACAACCAAGCCUUCAAGAAUUUAUCCAGACGACUUGUCUUCGUGACCCACGAGACCAAACGACAAUCUUAGCAACUGCCACACUGCUAGAGUUCCUUUUUGAAUAUUGCUUUUUCGAGGAUGUACGUCAUCUCUACCCUAAGAUGAAAGGGGCAUUUGGCGGCCAUUCCCUCACCGAAGGCGGAAACAAUUUACUGUGGUGGAAAAUGAGGAAAAAUGGAUGGUGCCCGUUUGAGCUAGCAGUGCUGUCCAAGAGACUCAACACUGCUGGGCUAUACUUUAUGUACCAUAUGGUACGACCGAAGCCAAGUCAACACCACAAGGUGAUACGGAUUCAUCCAAUUAGAUCUUCCCCUCAAUCGGUUGACAACAGCACCGCCUUAACGCCUGAUACAAGCUCUGACACUUCGAAAGACCUCUGCACAAUGACACAGUGCUCUUUCCUUCAGCUUAACGACGAGUCCUAUAAGACUAAGCAUGCUGAUGGGUGCGAUCCCACUUGCUGCUACGAUAUGACGGCGAAUCCGCAAGAUGUUCUUGACAUAUUAAGAGGUGGCAGCAUACCCUUGAUUCUCUCUAUUGACGCUGAGGAUAAGGACAACGCUCUCACGCUCGUCUCGUCAGGACCCAAUUUCGAGUAUUCAUAUGUUGCGAUCUCCCAUGUCUGGUCAGAUGGAAUGGGAAAUGUGCAACGUAGUGCUCUUCCUCGCUGCCAGAUCCUACGCCUAAGCAAACUGAUUCGGAACUUACCUGGCAAGUCUUCUGGUAUUCUCCUCUUUUGGAUCGAUACGAUUGGAUGCCCCCCUGAUGUAGCCGGCCAGAACGAGGCUCAGGAGUUGGCUAUUAAAAUGAUGCGUGAAACGUAUGAAAACGCUACUGCCGUCCUUGUUUUGGACUCAUGGUUGCAAACGCUAAAACUUCACUCCAUUCCUGACCACGAGAUUCUCAUGGCGAUUAUUUGUUCCGCCUGGAAUAGUCGGCUAUGGACCCUCCAAGAAGGAGCUCUGGCCCAGGAACUUCUUUUUCAAUUUUCUGACGGUGCAUAUAACAUCGACCAGGGACUACUCGCCCUCCACGAGAGUCAAGACUCCAUUGUCGGGUUGACAUUAAGAACAACCAUAUUUGACAAAGCCUACGAAAUCCGGGACUUCAGGAAAAUAGAGGAUGCCAUUGGACCGAAAUUAACUGCAAUAAAAGCGGCUCUCUCUCAACGGUCAACAAGUGUCCAGACGGAUGAGGCGUUGUGUCUUGCGGCAUUACUCAACCUGAGUAAAGCAACGCUUACUAUGAUCACUCAGGCUCCGCCUAAGGACAGAAUGCGAGUGUUUUGGAGCCAAUUAAAAGAGGUCCCUCUUGAGAUCAUUUUCGGCAUCUAUCCACGACUUGAUAUGCAUGGUUAUCGAUGGGCGCCAAGGUCAUUUUUGCGACAUCCUGAGAAUGUUGGAGUAUCUGGUUCGUUAGAGAGAGCAGCCAAGGCGGGUCUUGCCACUAGGACGAAUACGGGUCUUAGAUUUCGGUGCGCUGGACUUGUAAUGGCAACAGCAACAAAGCCUAUUGGAUCUUUCCUCUGGACGCGAGACGAUGAUGACAUCUAUUAUUUACUCCAUCCUCAUUUUGGGGAUCUCGACAGGACAACGGAACGCGAUGUCACAUAUAAAUAUUCCGACUCUUGGCCUGCUGAAUACGAUUUCAAAGACACGAUAGGAGACGAGUGCACCUAUGAGACAACAAUGGAUUUAUAUGGCCAACAUGGAACGCAAAUUCUAUGCUUUCUUUUUCAACUAGACAUCCGCGAGGGUUCUGUAACCCACCGUGAGGGGGCAACGAAGGGGGUUUUCGCAAGUAUGGAGCUCAAAUUUUCUGGUGUGAUGCAUGUCAAGUACUUGUUUCCUGGGACCGCUGCCAUAUUCAGGGACGGUGUGAAUAAUGGUAUACUGGGGCAAAUACCCCGGGUCCCUGUGCAGAGGGCUACACGGAUUCAUGACCAGUCUGGUGACAUUACCCUGCCUCUAGGGGUCGCUUGCGAUCGGGACGGAAUCUUAAGAAUAGCCGGCGCUAGAAUGUUCAGCGAACAGGAGUGGUGUCUAAGCUAA